UAUGAAUUUUGGACACGAGCCUUUGACCCUUCUAAUGAUAAGAAUAUAAUGAAGAUGCUCUAUGAAAAAAGUUUUCUCAAUCCAAAUCCUUCUGAUGUUCCUGAUGUAAGUAAUGAAUUUUGGUAUUGUUUUCAAUGUUCUCUUAUGAAAACAAACGUGGUUAUGAUGGGAAAAACCGUACUUUAUCCACAAUUGCUGACCGAUUCACCUAUGAUGAACUACAGAAGAAUUUAA